GACAAAAUCAAAACGUGCAAGUCGCGCAUAUUUUAUAUUAAAAUUUCUAAAUGAUCACUCUGAGAAGUUUGUUACUGGAAAAAGACGACCUUGACAGGAAUAAACCAAAGAACGUAAUAUCCGGUUUGCAGGUGUAAGCAUAACAAAGAAGGGAUUCCGGUUGAGGAGGGGAGAUUGAAUGAUGAUGUGCAGGAAGACAUAAUAAUGCAAGUUCCAGUUUCCUGUCUAUAUGCAGAAAUUGAAAUUUGUGAUGAUGAGAAAGCAAGCCAGCUGACAAAGGUUGAAAACCUAGAUGGAAGGACCUAUGCCAGGAGGUCCGAAAGGAAAGCUGGGACGCAAGACCAAGAAACGGUCAUCUAAGAAACGGUCUUCAUCACAGCAGUUGGUUCAGUCAGCUGGGGGAGCAAGACACCAGCCAGACAGGUACCACUGCACAAGUUUUUCUCUAGUGUCCAACCUGGCCUCCAAACACCAGGAGGAAGAUGAUGGCAUAUCUCGUAUGAGUUGGUGCAGUGCUGAUGGAGAGAAGGAUGAAGUUGAGUCCUUCCCUUUUGUACAACUGCCAGUCAUGUGUAAGCUCAAGAUAUUUAGCUAUCUUCACAAUAAGGACAAGGGGCGGUUGGCUAGGGUGUGUCGAGAGUGGGCAAGUUUGCUCCAUGACCCUUGUUUGUGGGAUCAUGUCUCCUUUUCCGAGCUCCCCUCCGGGUGCCUUCCCUCUGCUAUUCAUCCAUUUGCUGAUGAGUGCUACACAUGCUACAAAGUAAGGGUGAGUCAAUUUUCUGAUUACCUGAAGUCAGUAAAACCAGUAUUGAGGUUUCUUGAGUUUAAAUUUGACUUCUCAGACAUGAAGGAGCAUUAUUUAGAGAUGGUGAAACGCCUACUGGCCAGAUGUGCAUGCCGUGACCUGCGUGUGGCCCACCUUUACUGGAAGGAGACACCACGAGAGCCACUGUGGCUCGAAUCAGAACGCAUGACAAGAUGCGAGGAGGUUGUUCAGAGACAUCGUCUACGGCAGCGCCUCUUUGUUAACUUCUUUGACCACUUCACAUCUCUGGCACCCCGCUUGUCCACUCUGGUCUUGCCGUUUGACUGGUCUGAAAACAGCAUUAGCAGCUUGGCAAGGUUGAAGAACCUGAAAAACCUGGUGCUGGAAAAGUACUUUGUGUUCCAGCACCUUCGCCAGGAAGCGCUGGAACGCUUGCUGGUCUCAUUGCCUCACCUUCAACGUCUUCUGCUAGAAGUCUGGACACCUUCUGGACAUGGUUUGGUGCUUUACUCAAUGGCAUCCAAGUCUUUGCAGUACUUGGAUGUUUCACAGAGCCGAGGCUUUUACCUGCAAUCCAUUAAUAUGCCCAAUAUGGAACGCUUCCGGGUUGCUCGCCAUCCAUGGAAUGGACCUCUUGCCCUGGCAGAACAUGUCAACAUUCAGUGCCUGCAUACAGUGCUGGCAAUUGGAGCUCCCAACCUGACCAAGAUCAAUGACCACUACCUCGAAUCUGACUGGCGCCACAACCCGUCACCCAUGCUGGAAGAGGUGCUAAAGAGUGUUUGCUCGUGCCGCAGGCAUAAGACAGCUUGGGCAAUGUAAUAGCAGCAAAUGAAGCUGUGUUCUGUUCUUUUCAGAUAUUUUAUGUAGCACUAGAAGCCUUUUAUCUUUUUCUCAGAUUGCUUGAUAUGUAAGUGUAUUUGUCAAAGGGAAGGUUUGUCGUUUUGUUAGAGACUUUAACCAGAUUACCUGAAAGUCAGUGUAAACGUGUGUUCAAAAUGUUUAAUGGGAUCCAAAAACACUUGUUUCAGAUGAAGAUUUUGUUGCAGCCACACACAAAACAUUUUUGUUUAUUUGCAGUUUUUUUUCCACAUCAUUUUGUUGAUCUUUGAUUUAAUAUUUUCUAAAUAUCUAAAUGAGAGAUUUUAAAAGUCUACUAUUAUGUUGGGAAUGAUCCAGUGUAGACUGUUGGAGCCACAACAUAAUUUUAUCUUCAUUUCAUGCAUAUCUAAUAGGUGUUAAGCAAGCCUUAACUCUAAUGUUUUUGAGGUGAUAGUGGGAAUAGUAAUAUCAGAAAACUAUUUAAACUGUAGCCAGGUAAUAAUAUAAAGAAAAAUUCAAAUCUUAUUAAGUUGCAAUGAAGAUAAUUUGAUAGUUCAUUGGAUUUUUUUGUUUUUAAUAAAAAUGAGUUCAGAUUUAUUAGAAUUGUGCUGGGAAAUGAUAAAGUUGAUUUGUUUCAUAUUUACAAUGUAAAGAUAAUAGUUACCACCCAUAUUGCUCACAGUUUAAAAGCAUGGUACAGAGUUUUCAGUACAGAAAAAUUUUCAAGUUAUAUGAAUGUCACUGGUUAAUUGGAGUAUUUCUGAAAAUAUUUGGAGAGUAACAGGUGAUUUUAAUAGCUGCAUACCAAUGUGCAUAUCUCCUGAGAGACAGUUUAAUUUUAAGCUUUCAAAAGUGUUCAUUACAAAAACACUGUACAUUUUUGUCUCUGAAUAACAUUUUACUGACGUGUAUUUUAAAUCUUUAAAUGCAGACCUAAAGACACAAAAAGGCAGCUGUAAAGAUGUUUUGGCCUUCCCAUGCUUUAUAUAGUGAAUCAACAAGUUGUUUCCCACAGAAAACAGCAGACUACAAUGAGGAUACCACACAUUUCUAUUUCUAGUUACUUUAAGAAAAAUAGUUACAUGUUCCGAUGACUUUCGUUGAUAAAUUUGUACAUCUUCAUUUGGUGCACUUUUGUGUUUUGUUUUAUUUUCCAUUUAUAUUACCUAUAAAUCUUGCAUAAACAUCUAUUUUUAUGUUAAUGUGUGUAGUAGUUAAAAAAACAAUUUUCCCACAGAAUUACUUACAAAUAAAAUUGUAGCCAGGCUUUUGCUGCCUGUUCAUAAGUGGUCACAUUGGUUAUAUGCUUUUGUUUAAGUUUAUGCAUUUUCAUUAAGUGUGCCAUAGUUCCAGAAAUAUUUAUGGUGUAACAUUUUUUAAAAUUUAAAAUGAGUAUAUUUAUUAACAGUUUUCCUUAGCAAUUUCAGGUCCUCUUUUUAAGUUUUAAAUUAAGUGUGUAAUAAUCAGUAAUGUGACCAGACACUUUUAUGCAAUUACAGUUUUAUUUGGCUUUCUACCUUCUAAAACAAAUAGUCCACAGGAAUAGUCUGUAAGGAAUUUUUUCUGAAUUUAAAUCUUUUUCCUACUUUUAUCAGUAAAUAGGUCUUAACCAGCAGUUAACAGAGCUAUGCAGAUUUUUUAAAUAAAAUCACAUCAGUUGCUGUUUCUUUACAUUCUGGACCUUGUUAUGAGAUAUUCAGUUUGAUACUGAUCACAUACGUGACAUGUUACAAAUGGUAUAAGUAAGAUGGAAAACUGUAAGCAGGAAACUAGAAAUUGAUAUACAUUUAAUUUUAUGACUGUGAUUGUUUAAAGCCAGGGGAAGAGAAUGUGGGGGAAUAUUUAUUGAUUAAAUGUUUUUGAAUCUUUGUUUCAAAGUUUUGUUUCUGUGGAUUUUAAGAACAUGUGUAUGUAGAAAAAAAGGACUGUGGCAGUUGUCAAUGUAUUAUUAUUGCUUUUUUUUUUAAGUUUAACUGGCACAAACUGUACACAUAAUUUUUGUAGAAGUAAAAAAACUUUAAUAUGUUUUUAGAAACACAUGUAUUAUUAAAAUUAGCCAUUUUUGUGGCUUUGUUCUUUGUGUAACAAGUGGCAUUUUGUGACUAUGCUGAAGCUAUCUGUGCGGCUUUUGUAAGUGAUAGUUUAAGAUAACUUUUUUAAACUCUAUAUCUUUAGCAUUACCUCAUAAGCAUCGUCAUAAUAUUUUUGAAGAUCCAAAUAUUGCUGAUACGCUCUCUCCUGAAGAAAAUUUGAUGUUUAGAAAAAACAGCUUGGUUCAUCUUGAUCACUAGUUUAUUUUUAAUGAUUGCUGUAAGAUGAAUGGAUGUUGUGGAUUUGAAAGAAAAAUAUCAGUGUCUGAGACAUGUAUAUUUUUGGCAUAGAACUAUUAGAAUUUAGGGGAUGAUUAUUAAUUAAUCCUUUCAGUGCCUAAAACUUAGCAAAUGCAAUGUUUUUUCCCAAACGUUUAUCCUGGGAGGAUAUUUUAAAAAACUACUGCAAAAUCGUCAUCCCAAGAUGUGACCAAAGGUUCUGAAAAUAUAAGUGAACAGACAAAUUGUUUUUUAAUAUGGUGCUUUCAUUAUUUAAAAAAAGGGGGUUGCUUUUAAAAAUAAUUUUUUUGGGGCAUGAGUCAUGAGCAUAUAUGUAUGUAAUUUCUGGGCAUUUUAAGGACAAAAAGAAUAAUGAUCAGUCCAUACAUUUUUCAUUGAUCAGAUCUCCGUUAUGUCAGUGUUUACAUAUUUAGAGAGCAACCACACAUAUAGUGCGUGUCCCUGAUCCUAUCUGCAGCAUAAAUGUCAGCUGAGAGAAUUUUGAAAUGAACACCAUCCCCAGUACAAAACACAAUAUGGGAAGUAACAAGGGUGGCUUGCAAGAUCAGAAUUUCCUCCCCUUAAAUGCUUCCUAGUAUGCAGUGCUCUAGCACAGUGGUUCUCAAAGUAUUUUGGACCAUAGACCACUUAACUAAAAUAAAAGACCACCAAAGCCUAAAAUCACUCUGUACUCUGAAUUUCAAAUUUAAUUGCCAUAUUUGUUUCAUUACAAUUCAAAACUAAAUGUACUUUGUGACAGUAUAGUAUAGCAAUAAGUUUACUUAAAAUUACAUACUUUUCAAUGUUCUUUAUUAAUUAAAAUGUUAAUGCGAUGAAUGUAGUUUUUUUGAUGAGAUAUUAACCUGAGAAACAUCACUUUGCUGGCAUAUGAUGACUGUCAACUGCGGACCACCUGACUUAUGCGUGUGGCCCACAUGUGGUCUGUGGACCACGCUUUUAGAACCACUGCACUAGCAGAAAGAAUAUUUUCAUAAUUCUUUUGCUGUGAAGAAUUAGUUCAAAAAUGCUAUAUCCUGGGGUUGGAAAAAAGGAGUAAAAGAUGAAAAUGUAAAUUGAAGACAGAUGGCAUCAUGAAGGGAAGAGUUAGUUACCAGCUUCAAAUGCUUGUGCUUUGUGAGACUUCGAAUCUUGGAUGACAUGCUGGAAAAUACCUUCGGAAUCUGUGACAUGGAGACUAUGUGUUACAUGCUCUAGGCAGUCGUGAAUCAUAAAGAAUAUAUGAACAUGCUCACUGCCAUGUCAUAAAUCUCACGUAUAACACCAAGUGGCCUUAGAGAAUUUUGUGGAUCAGUAUAUUCAAACUUACUUUUUGCAAAGCGAUAAGGUAAAGCGUGUUGAUAAACUACAUCUAUUUGUUGAUGGUUACAUCAAACUCAACUGCAACUCCUUUUCUGUUUCAAUCUGAAAGAAAUUAGCGAUAGUUUGAGAUAAAAACAGUCUGUUAAGGAAUACACAAUUUGUGUGUGUGUGGCCAAGUCUUUUUAUAAGCAAAUCAAUACUGACAAACUUAUAAAAAAUUAAAUAGCUGUGUCAUAAUAAAAACUAAUGGAAAAAAUGUGAUUGGUGAGGCAGCAUUUCAUAGAUAUAAAAUGCAUUUGGCAAAAUCUGAUUGUUUUUCAGCAGAUGAGUAGCUUAAAGAUGGAAGGACUUGGCUGAAGAAAAGCUUAGAAGAAAUUUAAAUUUUAUUUAAACUUUCUUAUGUUAAAAGUUCAUUUCAAUAUGAUGAAAAUGGUAACUAUAAUGUUUCUUUGAAUUGACCGUGAUGGAAUAGAGUUUUUUUAGGAUCCAAGGAUAAGUUGCCUGCUUGUGUAAUUUUAUAGUUAAGGAUGUUAUUUAUAACUGCAGAGAAGUGCAGUUGUUGUCUAAAAGAGUGGUUUCAGAUGUGACAAAGUAGUAAAUAACACCUCUGUUAGCAGUCAUUUUGACAUGUGAGCAAGAUAAAAUAAGAGUGUUUAUGUUUUGCUGUAACCUUUGUUUAAAAGAGCUUGCUGUCAUACAUUCUUCAAUAUCAUUUUGACAGAGAAGAUACCCUGUCUUGUUUGGCAGCAGCCAGAUUUCAAUGAUUUUUAGUUUUCUGCUAAUCAGAAUGCUACUUAGUAGAUUGGUUGAACUGUUUUGGGCAUAGUUUAGUGAUAUACAGGACUUAACGAAAAUUAAAUUUUUGAUCUUAUGGUGUUUUGUAUGUGCUAACUCUUAUGUUGAGAAAAUGUUAUAUUGUCCUGCACAUAAUGCAGUCUUCAGCUGGUACUGCAAGAACUGCCAACAAGAUGGAAAGGUUUAGAAUUAGAGUUGGUAAUUGCACUCAUACUGAUGUACAGAAGACUAGUGGGUAGAAUCACUGAGCCAACUACUGAGAUUUGAAGUAUUUAGGAAUGUUCAGUCUUUUGUACUGAGGCAUUGAGAACGUUUCAUCUGGGAGAUGUGGAAAGGUGAAUGAGAAAAACAGAAAAGCAAAAAAAAAAAUAAUUAAAAUGUCAUUUAAAUGUAUUUGUCAAAAAGAGUUAUUUUUAGCAUUUAUUUACUUUUCCUGCCUUGUGGUAUAUUUAAAGAAACUCGACACUGGCAGUUAUCAGUUUUAUCUAUGGACUUAGAGCAUAUAACUGCUCCAUGUUGUGUGAAUAUUGAACUGUUUUAUUCAUUGUUUUCAUUUUAUAGUAGAUUGUAGAUCACCUUUUAAUUUUUGCUUACCAAAUGAUCUCAUACCGUAUGAUUGGUUUUGUUUCUGAAGUAUGUAUACAGUUGCAGUUGGCUAUUUGUUUCACUUGAACUUUUACAGUGAGUUUGAGCAUGACUGUUAUAAUGACUAUAAAAUGGCAUUCAUUGUUAAGCAUACAGCUUCAUUUCUCCUAAAUGGCAAAAAGAGCUAAAAUAUAAAGAUGGAAAAUGAAGUCUUAGCAAAGUAUUUUGAUUGUUUUUAUAAAACAAUCCAUAUAUGUUGAAAUUUUGGUUACUACGUAAUGUCGGUUGCAUAUUUGAGUAUACAUGAAACUUACAGUUUUAGUGUACCAGAAAGCUUUUGAGAUUGUUCCUUAAUAACUGCUUUGUUAAUGUUGACAAUGGCAAGAAAUGAGCCAGAACACUUACAGUGUAUUUUAAAAAAAAGAUGAAACAGCAAGCAAUUACAAUGUUUAUGCCAUUUGUUGAGUAGUUGCAGACCUUAAAAAAAAAGAACUGAAUGAGCAUAUUUAAAAAUUUUGAUAAAACUUGUUCUUUUUAUUAGUUUAGAAGUGCAUGUAAUAUCAGCUGCAUGUCAAAGGAAACUUUAUUUGAGGCCAGUUUACCCUAACUUGCAUUACGGAGUUGUUUUCAGAUAAGUAUAUGGCAAUCAAAAAGAAAAAGUCUGUAAACAGUCCUGAUGAUUAAAAAAAAAUACAUUUGUGACAUAUUUUUUUCAAUGUUUAUGAUUUUCACAAUUUCAUAUUGUUUACCAUGUAAUUAUCAAUAGUAGAGUUAUGUAAAAACAUUAAUACUAGUCAUCUGGUAUGAUGUAUUAAUCCCUUCCCUAACCCUCUCUAUUUAUUUUGAAAUGGAUGAAAAUUACUGGGAAUAUUACAAGCUUGACACUUAUAAGACUUUACUUCAAACUUUGGUAUGUUUAGAGAAGCUUGUGUGAAAGCAUUAUUUUUAAAACUGUGAUUACAACAUGACAGGUCUAGAUUACAAUUCUGACAUCUUUUACUGUAUGUUUGGCUAGUAGAAGAAAUACUGUUUGGUAGUUGUCUUUCUUUUCUGUCUAUAUCAAAUAUUGUGUCCUGGUGUAUUGCCUGUUCUUUAUCAUCAUCAGCACAUGACUCACAAUGACCACCAGUGUUUAUAUCUGUGCACUUAGUUAAGCAGUAGAGGAUGUCGUCUGUUAUAACUGCUUUUUCUUCCUGGUAAUUGCUUGUACUCCCUCAGUCCUGGCCUUCACACCAGGUCUAGUUUUAUUGCACUUUUAACAUUUCUGGUCACCCCUUUCUGGACCUCUUGUUAGGUAAGCCUGUUUUGUUCAGAUGACUAAUUAUGCCUUAGAAACUAUUUUUUAACCUUCUUCUAUAGCACUCUGAACAGGAGCAGUAAAGGAAGACUAGUUUGAUAUUCUUUAAGAUUUUGUGGCUUCUUACUCUGUUAUCUUACGGAAGGAAAGUCUUUUCAAAAGGUCAUUUUCAACUCUUAUUCAUGUACACUUACACUUUUCACCUUCUGUUCAAUCAUGUUUGUUUAUUUACAUGGGAAGGUUAAUUCUGUGAAUGACAUUAAAAUUUCUGACAGAUACCUUAAGGUUUGGUCUGUAGUCUAGGAUUCAAUUAUGAUGUAUCAUCUGGUUCCCAAUUUGAAUUGAUUGCGAGACAGAAAAAAAUCUUCAGUUGUUGUCUUCACCACUUUUUACGCCUGUCCUGACUUUGUCCUAGAUGCCAUAAUUUUAUUAUCAUUUUUUACUUUUGUUUUCAUUUGUUGCUCUCCUCUGCUCUGGUAGAUUAUUUGUAAUGGAGUUGUAAAAUACUAGUGUUGUUGUCCAAUUUGCUAAAGUCAAAAGUCUCGGGAAAAGAAAAGUUUGAAAUACCACACUGCUUAAAUAUUUCCAUUGGCAAGGAUUAUUUCGUGAAUAUGUACCUUUUACUUUGUAAUAUUUUGACUGUUGCUUUUAAACCUGUGUUCGUUCUGCUGUUGCUUUUUUUGUAAUAUUAAAAGUGACUUUACCUAUCAGACUUUUUUUAAAAAGAAACAAGUAAGCAACCACCAUGCAAACUUUGUCCAGCCAAUGUACAGUUGGCAUCAAAACUGAGUGUGCCUUGAACUACAUGUCAACUGUUGGUAUUAACAUUUUGAAGGUAAUUUAUUUACCAUCUGCUGAGUUCAGCUCGAUUUUUAUAAUUUAGCGUAGAAAGACAAGGGAAUUUAUUAUCAUUUUUUAAAAAUUCCCAGUCCCCGGAUUUACAUAGAGUUAAGUUUAUUAAUUUUGCAUUGGAGAUACAGUUGUCUCAAACGCAGAAUGCUGUAAGCUGGCUGUGGUGGAGACAUGGCAAGUAAAAUCCUCUCGUAACUUUUUAAUGGUGGUUACAGGGAAAGUUCAAGCAGGUAGAGCAAAGAAAAUGUGUCUGUGUCUUUUCCCAUACGUCACCGUAGCUUGGAAGACAGCUUUGUGAGGACAAUCUGCUGAGACAUAGGGAGAGGGUAGUCAUGGAAAUUAGAGACAAUUUUCUGAUGAAAGACCUGUGGACUCCAGUGUCUUCUUCAUCAGACCCAUAUGGUGGAGUAUGAAACUAAAGCACAUUUUCUUUCUUUCUUUUUUUUUAUUAUUAUUAUUUUUUUUUAAAACAAGACGAUCAUAUUUGUCGAAUAUGUGAGUAUGAGAAAUCGUUUCAUGUGUCGAUUAAGAAGGCCGUACGGUCAUGACAAAGCAGGAGACAUGGUGGUAUGGUAUGGUAUGGAAGACAGUAAACAGGUUAUGAACUUGUCAUUAUUUUCGUAUGAAUAAUGGUUAUUUUAAUAGGGGUAAUGAGGCUCGAAGAGGUAAGAGGAAAUUACAAGAAAAGCAGAGGUGAGAACGGAGAAGUGACCGUGGAAUAGUUGGUCACACGCAGAGUUUGAACAGUGGAGGACUUAGCUUGAGGCCACCUUCCUGCCUUAUCAUGGACCCCUAUCAAUAGUUUUGCAACAUUCUCUAGUGUUUGAUUUGUAUGGAGUUUUAUACACUUUGGUUUGAGUCAUUGUUUUCUUUUAGGAUGUCAGCAUUUAAAAAAAAAACUAUAUGGUUACGUGAGUAUUGUGCAGCUUGGAACCUUCGUGUUCAGCUCAAUUUGUGUAUGGUGAGUGGUGACGACGACAGUGUUGAUGAUAAUGCUUGUGACUACAAUGAUGAUGGUAAGGGAUGCAGAUUGAAAGGGUGAUAUAAAUCUUGCUAUUUUUCUCCUGGAUGGUAACAAAUUAUAUAAUUUUUUUUUUGGAAAUUGUUAUUAGAAAAUGACAUUAAAGAAUCAGCACAAAUAAAUGUAUCGCGUCUCUUGA